AUGACCAAGGGCGUGGUGCUCUUCGAAAGGUUGCUCGCACUCUACCUCCCUGACCUCGCCAAGCACCUCAACGGUGCGAAUCUGCGGAAGUAUUGCAAGUUUCUUGGAACAUCGAGACUGCCAUUUCCAGCCUUGCUGAAGCUGUGUUCCCUGCUGGUGAGCAUGGCACAACGGGUCAUGAGGCUCCUCAACAGCCUCCUUCUUUUCCGCCUGGCACAGGGACUCGUGGGUGAAGAGCAUUUCCCGCUGGUAUAUGUCCUCUACGCAGAAAGCGGGCAGCCGUGGGCAAGGGCGAUCGUGAAGAUCGCGGCCCCUUGCCCCAGCCUUUCCACAGUUGCUGGUGCCUCCCCCAACCUGCUUUUGCAAGCCGGCGCCGUGCGAGUGCGCGCCGUGGGCGGCGAAAAGAUGCCCUUCAGAUUUCCUGUGAAGGUCUGCGAGGUUCCUCUGCCUAAGGGGCUGUCGGCCAACAGCAUCCGCUUCGGCAACAAAGUCCUGCCGAAGUUGAGCCUGUCUCCCAAACGUACAGUCCUUCUCGGCGACACUGGCUUGCGGGUGACGGCAAGGAAUGACGGAACUUGCCUGGCACCCGGCCCUGACAAGCUCUACGGCAUCGAACAGUGCGCACCUAACGAAACUGUGCCGUUCAACUCAAGCCUCGUGGCAGGAAGAUUCCAAAGCUUGGAGGAUUGGCCUUUUCAGGUCCAAGCAGAGCUUGCGGCACGUGACGAGCCAGAUUUGGUGGUGCAUGUUGGCGACUACUUCUACCGACAGGGCCCCUGCCCGCAGAACCAGAAUUGCUCUGCGAUCAACAACCAUAGCUUUCCCUUGUCUCCGGGGCUUUGGGGUGACAACUGGAACGGCUGGUACGCAGAUUUCUUCCAGCCCAGCCUAAGCCUGUUGUCAGCCGCUCCGUGGAUUUUCCUUCGGGGCAACCACGAGCGGUGUGGACGGGGUGGCAAUGGUUUUUUUCUGCUGCUGGACCCCCGGCCCUAUCCGGAGGUGAUUGGUGGGGAGUACUGCGAGGACUACACAGAUCCCUAUGCCAUUACUUUUGCCGACACGCAGUUUGUUAUCCUGGACACCGCCAUGGUUGAUGAUGUCAAAACAGAUGACAAGUGUCCCGAAAAUCCCGCUGGAAGCAUCGGAACAUUGAGCCGUUUGGAUGAUCCGAAUCAGAGUCUGACAAAGGCUGAGAUUCUGGAGCAGGUAGAGAUCUACCGCCAUCAUUUUGAGGAGUCGGAGAAGCUGAGGACGCCGGGGAAGACACACUUCUUAGUCAGCCACCAUCCCAUCUUUGGCUUCGUUUGCCACCAGGGCAAGUUCUUCGCCAUUGAGUGGACAUUGCAGCAGGCGCUCAGCAACAACACCUACAAGGACAUCUCCGCCUCCAUCCAUGGCCACGUCCACAUGUUCCAAGCCUUCAAAGUCGAUGGAUUGCCCUUGCAUCUGAUUGUGGGCAACGGCGGAAGCAGGCUGCAGCCCUAUCUCGGCGAGUCUCAGGGGCCGGUGGGCUUGGACCUGGUGCUGCCGCCGCCAUAUGAGGGUGCCCGGCUUGCGACUUCCGCAUACUGCAACAGCACCUUUGGGUACAACCUCAUGGAUGCAGACCUCAAUGACGGCUUCUUCUUCAAGGCCCUGCGCCUGGAAGGACCAGGACGUGCCGAGAAGCGGGGAGGCCCUGUGGAUGCCGAGGAGCUGAUGUGGAACACCACCAUUCCGUCCUGGGCUGCGUUGAGCAAAUCUCGGUCUCUUCGCGCACUCGACUCGCCAAUCCUGAUCUGA